AUGACCGCUGCCUAUACACUUACUACCUAUACUCUUGAACCUUUUCAUUUUCACACUCGAACAACUUCUUAUUUCUCGGUGCUCUCCCUUCCCCUCUGUGCUCUCCCAUUCUUCCCAUUGCCGUGCACAGUCCAGACGACCGCCGCUGCCUCCAGACGACCGCCGCUGCCUCCAGACGCCGCUGCCUCCAGACGCCGCUGCCUCCAGACGCCGUUGCCUCCAGACGCCGCUGCAGAUCCGCCGCCGCUGCCGCCGCUCCAGAUCCGUUGCUCCAUAUCCGCCGCCGCUCCAGAUCUGCCGAUGCCGCUGCUGCAUCAGCCAUUCUUCCCCUCCGCGAGUGACGCUGCCGCUGCUGUUGCUCCAGAUCUGCCGCUGCCGCCGCUGCUGCCUCAGCCAUUCUUCCCCUCCGCGAGUGACACUGCCGCUGCUGCUGCUCCAGAUCUGCCGUUGCUGCCGCUGCCUCAGCCAUUCUUCCCCUCCGCGAGUGACGCUGCCGCUACUGCUGCUCCAGAUCUACUCUUGUUCUUCUGCUUCUUCUUCAUAUUUGGUUUUGGAUUUUCAGUUUUGGGAUUUUCUGGUUUUGGAUUUUCUGGUUUUGGGAUUUUAUUGUUGCUGAAAAACAAUUUCACUUGCACCACUCAGCCGUCAAAGCCACUUCUCGGGUUGAAGGUUUACACAUGA